GAAGAGACAACAAGACAAGUGUGAAGUAGACUAGUGUGGUCACUUGUUAUAGUGGUGUGGUCCGUAAUUUUUCCCGUCUGUGUCAGUUUCUUUCAACGCAGAGAAGCACGUUGGCUUUGAAUAGAAUUUAUAGUAUUUAGAUCUAUAUUCAUUUUGUGUUAGCCUGUCUUAAGCGUAUUAAUCAUGUCUUCUUGGAAGAAGAAUAAAGUUCAGAAGGUUCACAGAGAACGGCCUCAGCCAGCAGAGCGAGCGCACCUGGGGAUGUUGGAAAGAAAGAAAGACUACAGAGAAAGAGCUAAAGACUUUCACAAGAAGGAGGACACAAUCAAGAAACUAAAGCGGAAAGCUGAAGAUCGCAACCCAGAUGAAUUCUACUUUAACAUGACUAGGACCAAAAAGACGGAUGGAGAACAUCAGCGUCGGGAGUCUGCCGAGCCAGUGGUGACGGAGGACCAAAAGAAGCUGAUGGCCUCACAGGACAAAAGAUAUGUGCUGUUCAGGCUGUCAAAGGAACUCAAGAAAAUUGAAAAGUUGAAAAACACCCUGCACAUGAUUGAUAGUUCACAAAAAAAGAAUAAGCACACAGUGUUUGUGGAGACGGAAAAGGAGGCGGAGGAGUUUGAUGCUGCAAAGUUUUUUGACACUCACCCCGCUUUUCUGGACAGAGCCUACAACAGACCGAAGCUAGACAGCCUCAGAAAGGGGAAGUUCUCAAUGAACCCUGAGGACCUGGAGGCUGCAAUGGAAGGAAAGGAUGCUGCUUAUAGGGAAUUGGAGAAGAGGAUUGACAGGGCGAGGGAGCUGAAGGUGAUAGCUGAAAAACUGGAGUCAAAGCUGUCGUUGAUGGACAACAAACGGAAGAAGAAAUGUGUGCAACCGGAGACUAAAGAAUCUGCAGCCCAGUACAAGUUUGAUUUCAAGAGACAGAGAUAGCUAAAACAUUUUGUGUCUUGGUUAAUAUGUGUGCAUAUGUUACUUUUUGUCAUUUAUGAUCUAUAAUUAUCUUCAUGUAUUAUGGACUGACUGUUUACCUGUGUGAGCAUGUGUAUAUGAAACAGUGUAUAAAUGAGCAGUACUUCUGCAUACAUAAGCACAAAUGUCAAUGCAAAUGUCUUUCCACUCUGUGGAAAUGAGUGUGAAAGUAAGUUGGGGAAGACACUGGAAAGUAGGCUACUUUCGAAAUAGCCCAAGACUGCUACCAUUUUUGAUGAGAAAAGUCAUUGUCUUAGACCUUUUGACGUCUUGUUAUGACAAAGAUAUUUAUUUUAAAGCAAAGGGGAAAGUGGUCAUUUGUAGAAGUUGCCGUCUGGACAGGUGGCCUCAGGAGCAGGUACUACUGUGUCUUCCACUGUCGAAAUGAGUGUGAGAGCAGGUCAGAUAAGGUGCUGGAAAAUGCCCACAUUUGAUAUUGGUUUAUACAGUGGAACUCGGAUUCAACGAAAGGAGAUGAAUUCCCCGUUUUAUUCAAUCGUUAAAAUCAAUAAAAACUAACUUGGGAUUCAACGAACACAUAAAUCAGCAAGCCAUCAACGCACACUUUGUGAACAUUCCCGGCUGACGUGGCUUCGCUAAUUUUUUUACGACAAUGACCCUUAUCCAGAUCUAUUCAUGGGAACCAUCCAUGGCACCUGCAUCCUGGACCACUAUUUGCUUUGGAUAGCCUAUUGUUUUUUUAUGUUAUGCGACUAAUCAGGUGCCUUCUUUCAUACCAACACAUGCAUUGUUAGCACACAGCUGUGUCUUAGCGUGUGUCGGGGUCGGACGGGCGACCAGCACACGUAUAAUUGUGUGAACUGUGUACAUGUGUCCAGGCGUGGAACGUCAGUCGAUAUAUGCAAAUGCAUCAGUCAUUCCCCCCUUGGGUUAUUGAUCUAUAUUACAAUGAUUUGCUGGUUUUGACUCCCUAGAUCUAUGUAAUGAAUUUCGUGCUGGUCUGUGGAAUCAAACGUUACCGUAUACUAGGCUCUACGGCAACGCAACUUGUUCAGUGAACACCACAUCAUAGAUGACACAUGUGCAUUUGAACAAAUCGCCCUUUUUGCCUAGAGCGAGCUUCGUAGAGUUGAGUGUGUUUUCCUGGAAUUUUCCUGCAUUUCUUCGGUACGGCAUCGGAGAAACACCCCCUGGGGUGGUGCUACUGACUGAAGUGUCUUUAGGCCAUUCCAAAAGGGAGGACAUGUUCUUAUGCACAGUAGAAUUG